CUCUUAACUCCAUUUAUCUCUCUUCUUCUUCCUCAUCUAAAAUAUUUGGAAAUGGAAAUGGAAGAAGGGCUAACACCCCCCCGCUUCCUCUUUCUCGUCUUCACAGUAUUCAUAUUGUGCCUCGCUUCUUCAUCACGAGCUUGUCCAGAACCAGAUGAACCCUUCCAAUGUGGGGAUUAUUUCUUCAAAUAUCCCUUCGGAAGAAAGAACAGCGGUUGCGGUGACCCUGCUCUUCAGCUUGACUGUGAUAAGGCACCCAAGAUGCCUCUACUCAAUAUUAAUGGGUACGAAUACUACGUAAUGGAAUUCCCAAAUCCCCACAAUUUCAUGACAAUAAUUGACAGGAAUAUCUUCGAAGGUACAUGCAACCCACCGAUCAGUAACCAAGCAACGCAAUCCCCGUCUGGAGAUCAAUCUGACUCUGAAGAUCGUUGGAAGAAUUUGAAUUUGUGGAAGGUCUGUAAUGUAAGUGCUUCUUUAUACCCGCUACAUAAAUGCAAUGAUAGAUGGUACUACGGUUUCAUUAUUCCUGAGUCCAGCUUGACUCUAGAAUGUAAGCCAAAAGUUGUACACCUGGUGGAAAGCCUACAAGGAAUUGAUCCACUAGCAUUUCCAGAUGAAUCGUUUCAAAUAAAUUGGACUGUCCACGAUGAAUGCUGGAAUUGCCACUCAUUUGGUGGGACUUGUACCUCCAACAUCAGCUCGACUCACUGCAAUUGCACAAACAGCCCCCACCCAGAGAAAUGCCUGGCUCGCAAGUCCCAAAACAAGUAUAUUAUCAUAGGUUGUUCCAUCGGAGGUGCUUUGCUCGUUGCAGUAUUACUGCUCUUCAUUUAUUAUGUUAGAAGGAGAAAAGCAUCUCCCACCCGAGGGAUCGCCAGCAAUAUCAGCCAUUAUCAAGGAACCGACAUAGAAAAAGGCCAGAAAGGGUAUAUGUUAGAUACUUUGCAGAUAUUUCCUUAUCAAGAACUUCAACAGGCCACAAAUUUCUUCGACGAGAAGAACGAGCUUGGAGAUGGAGGGUUUGGCACAGUCUAUCUGGGCAAACUUGAGGACGGACGAGCUGUAGCAGUGAAGAGGCUUUAUCAGGAUAACUCUAGAAGAAUUGAGCAAUUUAUCAACGAGGUACAAAUCCUAUCCUCUCUCUACCAUACAAACCUUGUUCGCCUUUACGGUUGUACAAGUCCGGAGAGUCCGGUUUUGCUGCUUGUCUACGAAUAUGUGCCAAAUGGAACCCUGGCCGAUCAUCUGCAUGGAAGUCGAAGAAGCCUGAGAGGUUUGCCUUGGGGAAUUCGUUUAAAAAUUGCCCUACAAACUGCCCAGGCCCUGACGUACCUACACAGUAUCCAGCCGCCCAUAUUUCACAGAGAUGUGAAAUCAAAUAACAUUCUUCUGGAUGAAUAUUUGGGGGCAAAAGUUGCAGACUUUGGGCUAUCCAGAUUGGUGCCUUUGAAUGUCUCCCACGUCACUACUGCUCCGCAAGGCACGCCAGGGUAUGUCGACCCAGAGUACAAUCAAUGCUUCCAGCUCACUGAAAAGUCUGAUGUAUACAGCUUUGGGGUUGUUUUGGUGGAGAUCAUCUCUGCCAAAGUAGCCGUGGAUACGAACCGAAAUAGGAACGAAAUUAGUCUUGCUAACAUGGCCAUAGAAAAGAUCAGAAGAGGUGUUUUGGAUGAAUUGGUGGAUCCUGAUUUGAAGAUUGAAAACAACCAUGCGGUGAAGGCCAUGGUUGCUGCUGUCGCCGAAUUGGCCAUUGAAUGCCUUGCAAGAGAAAGGGAUUUGAGGCCAUCCAUGAAAGAAGUUGUUGCUCGUCUCCAACAAAUCCAGGAAAUGCUACAGCAAAGCGUAGAAUUUUCCAAGCUCACAAGCAUCUCGCCCACAGCCUCCCCACUUUCAGUAUCAAUCAUGGGUUCGGAAAGGAGUGGACAAUAUUGGGUUCCUUUGUCUGUGUAGAUUGUAUAGACAUAAGCCAUAUAUGUUUCUUAUGUAUUCAGUAGUUUCCCAAUAUACGUAUGAGUAAUAUGUGUAGCCUAAUAAUGGUGUCCGCGUGUAUAGUAGAGUUUUUAUUAAUUAAAUCAAGCAUUUCAGAAAUUUUGAA